UAUAGUCAACGGUUAUAUUCAACGGGGAACCAGUUUAAGGCGACAACGACGCCAUAAUUAGGUUAAACAUCAACAGCGAAAUGAAAAUUGUGAUGAUAGGAUAAUUAAUUCGUUAAAUAGGUUCAUGGAGAUAUUGUCAAAAUGGCUUGGGUCAACACACACGACGCCUCUGUCUUUGUCCGUGGUUUGAAGACUUUUCUGGAAGAAAACCACACGGGACACCUACUGGGGGACUCCGGCUAUACACAAUAGGUACAACAAUGCCCAGUCAAGUGUAUUGUGGUUGAGAGGGCUUUUGGACUGCCAAAGAGUAGAUUUAAGUGUCUACAUAAAAGUGGCGGUUGUUUAUUCAUGAGACUCGAUGAGUGCUGUCAAGCAGUGGCUGCAUGAAUGCGCCUGCACAACAUAUGCAUAGAUUAGCAGGUGCCACUUCCUGAACAACUUACUGAGGCACAGAAAGUGGAUGACGUUGUGCAAAGUCCACAACAGGACCAAAAUGCAGCUUAUAUGGACAACACAUCAUUAACUUAUUUAUGUAGUUGCUGUUUUAUGCUAACAUGUGCACAAAGUGCUAUAGGCUUAUCUGACUGGGCCUCACAUGCACUGUUUCGCGGAUUUCCUAUAAUGAUGAUAUAUGAAUGAAUAUGACUCGUAAAAUAACAUAGGUUUUGGCCAAAGUGACACGAAAAGGUGCAGCGGAUAGAAAGAAAACAUGGCCUGCUCAGACAGUGAUGGUUCAUCGAGCUAUCGAUCCAGGAAAUACUCUCAAUCCUCUUCUGAUGAUUCUAACCAGAGGUCACCAAAAAGGAAACGUUCAAGGUCAUAUUUGAGGUCACCAGACAAAAAUGGAAAGAACACAUCAAACAGUGGUAAAAGAUUCAGAGACAGUACUUCUUCAGAUAGUAGAUCAAAGUCAAGGUCACCAAUUCGUCGUAGAAGAGAUUUUUCUGGAUCUUGUGAAAGAGACUCAAAACUCAUGGGCAGAAACACUAAAAGCAGAGAUAGAUCUUAUUCAAGGUCAAGGAGUAGAUCACCUAUAGCCAGAAAUAGGUCACCUGUGCAAAGAACAAGGUCACCUGUUCAAAGAAAUAGGUCGCCUGUUCAAAGAAAUAGGUUGCCUGUUCAAAGAAAUAGGUCGCCUGUUCAAAGAAAUAGGUCGCCUGUUCAAAGAGAUAGGUCACCUGUUCAAAGAAAUAGGUCACCAGCUUGGAAUGACAGGACAAGGUCACCAAUACAGAAAGGUCGUGAGUCAAAUGAAGAUCAGGUGUGGAGAAAUAAUAAUGAAAAUGGGUAUAGUGGGAGACAUAAAGACAGAGAGUUGCAGUAUGAAGUUUUUGAAAGACGAAGAACAGACAGGGAGAGGAUUUGCGCACUGGGAGCCCCUGAAGUCUGGGGCAGAUCCCCCUCACCACAACACUCAGAAUCGGACGAUUCAGAAGACACUGAUGAAAGUGAGGAUGCCUCGGGGACAGAUUCUAGCUCAGAAGAAGAACAAAGAAAAAAGAAAAAGAAGAAGAAGAAGAAGACUUCAAAGAAAAAGAAGCACAAAAAGCACAGCAAAAAGGGAAAAAAGUCAAAGCACAAGUCUAAGAAGCGAAAGCAAAAAAAGAAGGUUGAGGAGUCUGAAACAAAGAGCGAAGAUUCGGAGGUCGAAGAAGACCAGUGGGUGGAGGUGGUGAAAAAACCCGAACCCGAAGUCGCAAAACAGCAGAUGGCAGUGAACUCUGAUGACGACGCGGAAGAUGAGUUUGGUCCGAAGCCUUUCGUUCCUACUGCACCUGGAUUGACCCAGAAAGAUUUCGGCCACGCGCUGUUGCCUGGUGAAGGUGCGGCAAUGGCGGCCUACAUUGCAGAAGGCAAACGUAUCCCCCGCAGAGGAGAGAUCGGUCUCACGCCUGACGAGAUUACGCAAUACGAGGACCAGGGAUUCGUGAUGAGUGGUAGCAGGCAUCGUCGAAUGGAGGCCGUGCGUCUGCGCAAGGAAAAUCAGAUCUACAGCGCGGACGAGAAGCGGGCCCUGGCAAACUUCAACCACGAGGAACGCACGAAACGCGAGACCAAGAUCCUCUCCCAACUGAGGGAGAUGGUCCGCAAGAAAAUGGACGCUCGCAAAUGAGUGUUAGACAUGGGAGCCUGCUCUGAGGAAACGGGCUGUAUGCAUGUGCGUAAAGUGUCGUCCCAGAUAAGCCUGUGCAGUCCACACAGGCUAAUCAGAGACAACACUUUCCACUUCUAUGGUAAUGUUUGUUUUAAGGAAGUCUAUAAUCUUUUCAAUUAUGCAGUUUAUGAGGAAAGUAUUGUCCUUGAUAAGCCAGUGCAGACUUCAUGAUGCGGAUAUGCGCUUACUGCCGUUUUCCGAAAGCGAGGCUUCGUGGAAUUGUGGAAUUCAUGACUCAGGAUUGAGCUGUUCGACUGUUUGUAUGCAUUCAAGUUACCUAUAGGAGGGUAUAUGAUGAAAUAUUGAGGUUCAGAAAUAAGUAUUAAAUGUGAAAUUGUGGAGUUGUGACUCAAGAUUGAGCUUGUGUACUUUUUGUAUGCAUCAAAGAAGGGAUUUAGCUAGACAAAAAAGGCAGGGCGGGGAGUUUAAAUUGGCAGGGUGACCUCUUUGGUGUAAUUAUGCUCUUUCCACUUAUGUACUUAUGUUCAAUCAUCCUUUCAGCAUAAUGCCAUCAGGUUUAUUUUUAUUAUUUAUUAAUAUAAUUUGAUAUUAAUAUCAAGUAAUACUGUUCAUAAAUGUAAUUCGGUGAAAUUCUCAUUAGCCGAUAAAAAUUUGCACUUUCCAACCGUCUGUAUGUAUGUCUGGAAGCUUGUGUUUUUCAAUUCCUCCUUUUGCCGCUUAGAUACAUAUUUUGACACAUUUAUAGUACCAUAGAAAUCAAAUUUAAUUAAAUACCUUUGUUUCUUACUAAAGUCAAGUUUCAAACGCUUCAUUUUUAACCCAUAGGUACUGAUCAGCAGCAAAUAGCAUAAACAGACUGCGAGUUAUUCACAGACUGUUCUGGUUUAAAGCUGGUUGCAAAAGCCAUUUUCACUUUGCUUCUUACAGGGGAAAGGAUAUUAACUACUUGGUGGAUCUCGCUCUAUUUACAGAGUUCAAUGACCUUUAUGUCUAGAGGAUUGUAAAUAAAGGGAUUUUGUGGUUACGAGUUUUAGCAGAAUUAUGACCCUUUGUCACGGUACAUGUGUACUAUUAAUAAUCCAAGGAUUAUGUUUGUUCAACUCCUCACUACUUGGUGAAACUCACUUAACCCUUACCCACUCAGAGGCAAAGUGAAUAUGGCUAUUUACAAACAGCAUAAAACCAGAACAGCCUGCAAGUAACUUGUCUGUUUAGAUUUUAUGCUUUUUGCUGCUCAUCAGUAUCUAAGGUUUGGAGAUGAAGCCUUAAAACCUUGAAUCUAGUGAGAAAGGUCUUAAAUUAAAUAUACCUUUAUAAGGGACUACAAAUGCGUGAAAAUACGUAUCUAAGUGGUAAAGGGUCGAGAUUCAAUUUUUGGCUUUGAUGAGUUUUGGCAGAGUGGUGGCCCAUUGCUUGUUUUUCAUUUAUGGAAUGUAAUAUGCUAUUAUAAUUUCUUGUUAACAACUCCUCUUUAACUGCUUGGCUGAUUACCGAAAAUUGUCAAUGCUGGAUAAUCUAUAAGGGAGCUUUUAAUAGACUUUGAAAUGUA